AUGGCGGGGAAUAACGCUGUGAAAACUAAAGGAAAAACCGAAGAGGCGCUUUUUGCAGUCAAGGAAGUUGGUUUUAUUGCAGUUGUAUUGCCCCGGAGGUUGGCGAAAGAGGGGAAAGUGCGACGUGUAAGCGAGCGGGUGAGAGCCGACGCCGCAGCUAAACGAACUGAAAGAACCGAGUUGGCUGCGAAGCUGACUGAAGAGAAACUGGGAAAAACAGUCGUGGGCCUUGGGAGUGGGGCCCUGCCAGAUCCAUGCAGUGCAGAGGUUAAUACGAUCACAAGAAGGAAUGACGAAGUUCUUGGUGCGUGCGUGCGUGCGUGA